CCUUAGUAGACGCGGCAUGGAUGUGCACAUCGAAAGCGUGUGCAAUGAACGAUGCUGACGGACAGUUUGGAUAAAACGCUACAACAAUUAGGAACACACGGGUGUGCAGCAGGCAAAAACUCGGACAUCGGCGCAAGUGACUGAUAAAGCUGAAAAGCUGUGUACUCGCGCAAACAAAUUUGUGGGCCAUAGCGGCGAGCGUGUUAUGAGAGCAUUUUAUGUUAUUUUCUUUCUUUUUUUUGUGGUUUGAUCAAACGCUUGCGAGUAUCUAAACAAGGAAAAUGUGGAUAAUUUCAAAAGCGAAUAUUCGUGUAGACUAGUGCGAGCAGAACUAGCGUGAACGGUUGAAUAAUUCGAGAAGUGCCUCUGUUUAUAAAGAAUUUGAAUCCAGCGAGAAAGCAUAAAGCCGAAGACAGGAAGAGCACAGCGCACAUGCCGCCAUUAAAGAAAAUCACCGGAUAUAUAAACCUUUGAGAAGAAUCAACAAAUCUGUCAUCAAAGAAUUUGACAGCCACAUUACCGCAGAUAAGGUAGAAGGCCCCAAGUAAAUAAAUCCUUCAACAGCGAUUGAAGCGCGACACAACCGCAAACCAAAAAGUAAUCAAAAGUACCAACAACAGUGCCACAUACACAUUUAGAGAUUUCCGCUCAAAAGGUGAUUGUCGCAACAGAUCACGCUGGGGAUCAAGGCAGCCGCGCAAAGUGAUCAAACGUCGAUCGUCGAAUGAUAAACGGGAAAAACACAUGUUGCACUCGAUCGACAGAAGUGUGUGCAAAUGCAUAGAAAACAGCAAGAACGACAACAUCUAUGACAACUGGUAAAAUAACUAGGAACAACAACAAUACUGCGAUAAGCAGCAGCAAUAAAUUAAAAGCAGAAAUAGAGAGUCUCAAAUUAAAAGAAACUAAAGUGGAUUUCCGGUGAAUCAAGAAGCCGAAACCAGCACAACAACAACGCACAGCGCUCGUAGCAUCCGCAUGACAAAACCAUAUACACCGCACAUGUGUCAACGUGCACCCCUUGCGAAGUAUUUACAAAAAUAAACAGGCGGGUGCAACUAAAAAUGGAUGCAACACGCGACAUAGCUACGAACGCACCAACUGCCACAACAACCACAGCAAACACAAGCACAUUUCAAGUAAAUCGUAUAGCAACAGGCAGGCAAAGUCACUCGAGACGCUGCUGGAGCAAAAAUAUGGCUGCCACAGUCAUAGACGCUGCCGAAACGACAGCGAGUCAUAAACCACAGCAUAGUCGCAUAAAUUACAAAAAUAGAUAUCCACGCCAGAGUGGAGUUGCCACGGCAACGUGUAGACGCAAUGCCACAAUCAGUAGCCACCUAGACACUGUCGGACGUACACCGACACCGACAAUGGGCGCAGUUUCGGAAGUACUCAAAAUUAUCUACCUCAGCAUUUUACUAUUUUGCGUACUCAACACACCGCAUGCGGUGUCGGCUAGAAAGCCCACUUCGCAAGAGCUCAACGAUUACGACGAUGCAGUGUUCGAGGUACAAAAGCGUAGCGAGCAAGAGUUCGGCACCGAGACGGCAGUGGAAAAUGGCGACAUCGACAACAUGGACAGUGAUGAUUCCAACGGCACGCUUAGGAAUAACACCAACGCCACGAACACGGAUGGCAGCGAAACGAAAUCACCUACUGAUUUCGAGCCACGUUUCAAGAAUUCAAAGUAUCUGCCGAACAUACUCUCCAAACCUUCCGGCAGUUAUAUACAACUAUCGUGCCCGGCAACUGGCCGACCGGAGCCGACCAUAACAUGGACGCUCAAUGAUACAAAGAUCUCACGGCAUAUGGGACGUGUGCGCAAGGUGAAAUGGGGUAUACAUAUGGCAGAUGUGGUGCCCGAAGACUCAGGCAUAUACAAGUGUCGCGUAUGCAACUAUCUCGGUUGCAUUGAGCACGCAACGAAAUUGAUCAUUAGUGAUCGUGUCAAUCACAAACCGAUUAUAUUGAAAGCGCCUAUGAAUCUAACAUUGGCAUUAAAUGCAAGCGGCAACAUGGAAUGUGUCUACUUAUCCGAUUUGCAUAGCAAAAAAACCUGGACAUUCACGCCUUGCAACAAAACCGCCUGCUCAACGAAUACUACAUUUCUGAAGAAUGUGGAAGACGUAGAUAUUUUGAAUUUCACCAAUGUGACGCCAGAAAACGAAGGCUGGUACACCUGCGUCGAAAUGAACGGACUCGGUCAGUCGCAUAGCAGCGCUUACCUGCGCAUUCAAGACCCCAGUGUACGCGCCAUAGCGAAAUCUAUGCACGGCUAUGAGAUAUGGGGUAUUGUGGCCGUUAUGGUGCUGCUCGCACUGGUUUGCAUCAUCUUCUUCGUGUAUGUGCUGCGUAAAGUUAAGCACGAAAAGCUGCUCAAACAACGUAUCGAAACGGUGCAUCAGUGGACGAAGAAGGUGAUCAUAUAUAAGCCGCCGAGUGGCGACUCCAGCGGCUCCAUGGACACUAUGAUAAUGCCGGUGGUGAAAAUUGAGAAGCAGCGCACAACUGUGCUGCAGAGUUCCAACUCGGAACCGGCACCAUUUAAUGAAUACGAGUUUCCCUUGGAUUCCAAUUGGGAAAUACCACGCUCACAACUGAUACUGGGCGCAACACUUGGUGAGGGCGCUUUCGGACGUGUCGUCAUGGCUGAGGUUAAUAAUUCAAUUGUUGCCGUGAAGAUGGUGAAGGAAGGCCAUACCGAUGAUGAUAUUGCCAGUUUAGUGCGCGAAAUGGAGGUCAUGAAAAUCAUUGGCAAACACAUCAACAUAAUUAAUCUGCUUGGUUGUUGCAGUCAAUCGGGACCGCUCUAUGUGAUUGUGGAGUUCGCACCGCAUGGCAACCUCAAGGACUUUCUCAACAAAAAUCGACCACUUGCUGCUGGCACACUCAAAGAUUAUGGCGAUCAGCAGCAUCAGCUACCGCUACCGAAACACCACCUCACCGAGAAGCACCUCAUUUCAUUUGCUUUUCAAAUUGCGCGCGGCAUGGAGUACUUGGCAUCACGUCGCUGCAUACAUCGCGAUCUGGCGGCACGCAAUGUGCUCGUAAGCGAUGAUUACGUCAUGAAGAUAGCAGAUUUCGGUUUGGCGCGCGACAUACAGGACACGGACUACUAUCGUAAGAACACCAACGGUCGUCUGCCCAUCAAAUGGAUGGCGCCCGAAUCGCUGCGGGACAAAUUCUACGAUUCACAGAGUGACGUCUGGUCAUAUGGCAUAUUACUGUGGGAAAUAAUGACCUUCGGCGCACAACCAUACCCCACCAUCAUGUCAGCGGAGGAGCUCUACAGCUAUCUGAUGUCCGGUCAACGUAUGGACAAACCACCAAAAUGCUCGCUGAAUAUUUACAUGCUCAUGCGACAGUGUUGGCACUUCGAUGCCAGCGCACGUCCAACCUUUGCUGAGAUUGUCGAGAACCUCGAUAAGCUGCUGUUGGCCAAUGAAGAUUAUCUGGAUGUGGCGGUGGCGAAUCUGGAAACGCCGCCCUCGUCAAGUGACGACGAAUCGGACGUUGAGUCCCUACGCUAUCACUAUAAAUAAAGUAACAAACCGUUAGUCUCGCAUAUAUUUGCAUAAUUUAUAGGUUGUAUAUACAUAAUUAAAUUGAAAUGUUAGCUUUGCGAGUAAAACAUAUCGCUCACCGCAAUACUCAUAAAACUUAGAUUAAGUCUACGAAAGUAUUUCAAUACUCGUUCUGUUGCGAGCUCAAAUUAUUAUAUUUAAUUAGUUCUAAGUAUAGUAACAUGGACUUUAGAAUUAAAUUAAUUACAUUAAUUAGAUUGUAAUGUAAACAUAAUAUUUAUAUAACACUUCUAAACGCUUUCAAGGAAAAGUUGUAGAACCAAAGGCAAAAUACCAAAAAUUAGUUAAGCCAUAGGCUACGACCCGUUGUGCAAUACUCGUGUAACUCGGCUAAUCGGCAGCGCAGCAUAGUUGUAUUAAUAUUUAUUUAAUAUUUGUAAAUGUUGUUACGUUAGGGUGGUCAUCUUUUGUAUGAUUUUGGCCAAAAACUGCAAAAACAAAUAAUAAAUAUGAAUUUUUAAAUCGCUUAUAACGUUUUCGACUUACCGACUAAAAAAUAAUUUGAUUUAUAUAAAGUAAUGCGUGCUUGUUAAGUAUGGUUGACUUAUUCAUUCACAAUAACAAAAUAUAUUAAGAACCACCCUAAAUUAUAUGGUAUUUUUUAGAUUUAGAAUACUUUAGAACCAUAGAGUAUCUCGCACCUAGAUAGGACGAAACAAAAACUGACGGAGUGAUACAAAUAAAAUGUAUAAACAAUAUCGACUUAGACAUAUUAAUUGUCAUCCAGAAGGCAUUGGAGAAUAAACAACAGGCAUAAAUCAAAUGUGGAGGGAUUAGCAAGAUUUUAUUCACAUACUCUCUUACAUAGAAUUCCAUUUCAAUAUUUUGUGUUUGCUCUGAAAGUAAGUCUUAUGACAAGAGAACAGCCCUAGAACUACUGUAUAAAAGCGCAAUAAAAUCGAAGACGAUUUUGUUUGAAAUACAGUAAUAUUUUGUACGCCUCUUCAAAUAACCACACAUACAUAUCAAAUAUAAACCAAAAGCAUUACUAAUAUUUUCAUUAGCUGUCUUCGAUAUCUUCGCAUAAAGCGAAUCGAAUAAACCACUGGUAUAAACUAAAUAGACUGGCAUGAAUCCAAUAGACUGGCUUAAAACAAACAGAAGUAGAAAGUGAAUAGGACCACUUUAGGGAAAUUUCGGCAUACUCUCUGAACUUGGCGGCUUGUCUCACAUAAAAUUUUUUGACAAGAGAGCAAGGCUUAGUCAUGGCGUGCAGCGAGUGUCGCAUUGGAAGCAAUUAUUAUAUAUUCGUACUGAACUAUAUAUUUUAGUGCCUUCUAAGUUAUAUUAUAGUAAUGUAUAUGUAUAAAUGCAAACAUACAAUCUAUAUGUAUAUUUUUACGAAAAAUUAUUAUAUUUUUUAACGAAUAAGCAAUUCAAAUGUUUAACCAAGCACUCGUGUAGGAGUGCACAGUAUAAAUUGAUGUAUGUAGUAAAAAGGAGAGCAAUAAAAAUAAAGAUAUGCUUUCAAUGUUGGUACUUUAUUUAUCUAA